UGGAACACCAUGGUGCAGAUCGCCGUCACCACCUACGGCCUCGCCGACCACCUCACCACGGCCACGCCGCCCGCCGAUGACGACGAGUGGCUGCGCAUGGACGCCACCGUUCUGUGCUGGCUCUACGGCUCCGUCACGCCCGAGGUCACCGACAUGGUGAUGGAGAGCCCCACCACGGCCUACUCCAUCUGGCUGCGCAUCGUCGCCCUCUUCCGCGACAACCAGCAGGCCCGGGCUGGCUAUCUCGGCCAGAAAUUCCGCAACAUCGAGCAGGAGGGUAAGUCUAUCACGGCCUACUGCCUCGAGCAGAAAACCGUGGCCGACGCCCUCGGUGAUGUCGGCGCCCCCGUCGCCGAUGAUGCCCUCGUCUGGAACGUCCUCAAGGGUCUCGACUCCGACUACGACCACAUCGCCGCACUCGUCCCGCUGCUGACCCCGUUCCCCUCCUUCCUCCAGCUGCGCAACAUGCUCCUCCUCCAGGAGCUCAAGCCGCACCACGGCAACCACGCCCCGGCCCCUGCUGCCCUCUACACCAACACUGGCGGUGGCGGCGCCCCUGGGUAUCGUGGCCUUGCACCUCCCCAUCCUCCGCCACCGGGCUACGGCCCCCCUCCAGCCUACGACCCCCCAGCCCCUGCACCACCGCCGUUCAACCCGAAUGGCGGCCGCCCCAAGGGCAAGAGGAGGAAGGUCAACGGCGCCCCUGCAGCACCUGGCGGUGCACCAGCUGCUCCCACGCCGUCCAACCCGUGGACGGGGUCCAUCUACAUGUACCCCAUGGGCACGGGCAUCCUCGGACCGCGUCCCGGCGCGGCAUCUCCUCGUCCCGCGGUGCACGGCUUCAUGGCGUCCCCGCAGGCAGCGGCGCCCGCCCCGUACGGCUACUACAACACCGCUGCCCCGUACGGCUAUGCCCCUGCAACACCCGCACCGUACGGCUACGCCCCUACCCCAACCGCUCCAUCAUGGGACGCCACUGCCCUCAUCAACCAGCUCAACGCCAUGAGCCUUCAGCCCCCUCCUACCGAGUGGGUUAUGGACACAGGCGCCUCUGCUCACAUGUCAUCGGAUGCCGGACCUCUAUACCAAGGCGGUAAUUCUCAGGUGCAAUAGUUCGGGUGACAUCUACCCGUACUCCGCCCCCGGUGUCGCUCUCCACGCCUUGAUCGCCUCCACCGAUGCCCCCACCCUUUGGCACCGCCGCCUCGGUCACCCAGGACACGACUCGCUGCGCCGCCUCGCGUCAUCGCUACCUUGUCACAAAGAAAUAAAAGGGUCCAGUCUAUGUCAUGCGUGUCAACUUGGUCGACACAUUCGUUUACCAUUUUCAGAUUCUACUAGUCGUACUUUGCGUCCUUUUGAACUUGUACACUGUGAUCUCUGGACCUCUCCGGUUGAAAGCAUGUCUGGUUAUAAAUAUUUCUUAGUCAUAUUGGAUGAUUUUACUCAUUUUUUAUGGACUUUUCCACUAUGACGCAAAUCUGAAACCUUUGGUGUUCUCUCUAACUUUCGUACGUAUGUACAAACUCAGUUUGCACUAACUCUGCAAUAGAUACAGUGUGAUAAUGGCAAGGAAUUCGACAACAGAUCUCUUCAUGAUCUUGCGUCCACUCACGGCAUCCACGUGCGUUUUUCCUGCCCCUACACGUCCCAACAAAACGGCAAGGCCGAACGAGUUAUUCACACGGUAAAUGACAUCUUUCGCACACUUCUAUUCCAAGCCUCCAUGCCGCCUAAGUUUUGGGUCGAGUCUUUACAUGCUGCCACAUACCUUCUAAACCGUCUCCCUACCACCGCGAUCUCCGCUUCCUGCCCCUUCGCGGCUCUCUACUCUACCCCUCCCUCCUACUCCAACCUUCGGGUCUUUGGAUAUCUAUGUUAUCCCAAUAUUGCAUCCACCAUGCCGCAUAAGUUAUCUCCUCGCUCUACUCCAUGCAUCUUUCUUGGCUAUGCGCCUAAUCACAAGGGCUACCGAUGCAUGGAAAUAGCGACUCGCCGUAU